GGUACCUAGGGUCUCAGGUCAGAUCCUGUCAACAGGCAUGACAUUGAUGGCAGUGAACAGUGAUCCUGUGAAGCCUGAAGGCGUACACCAUUGUCACCAAUGGCGUCAUUUUGAAACUUCCAAGUUCCAAGCUUGGCUAAUGGCAAAUGGCCAGGGCCACAGGGAAAGGCACAGCUAGCCCCGGCAGAGCUGCGCAAGAGCUCCUGCACGAGGUGGGCCUCCAAUUUCAAACUUCCAAGCAGCGCCAGCCAGCCUCGAAGUAAAAGGUGCCAGCUGUGGUAUCGUGCCUACGUUGCGGAAGUUGCCAAACAGACGAUCAGGAGCUGGCGAAGUUUGUGGCGCUCCACCUCACCUCAUCAUGGAAUAGAAAGUGACUGGUCACAUCGUUGUAGCCUUCUGAUUUUGGAACAUUGGUUGAUAAAUGCGGACUCUUAGGAAUCGGGAGCACAAUGUGUCGCAAACCGGCCAAAAACAACAUAAGCCGCCCGAUCAGUCGAUUUCCAGAAGCCCCAUAACGCUUUGCGCCAAUUGCUUGCAAUUCCAGCGGUGGCGCCUUUGCACUUGAAAGUACAACAAAGCAAAAAUGAAUCCACCUUACAAGUUAGAACCAUAUGAAUUUGUGGGAUUGCUGGGCGGUGGACGGUUCGGCACGGUCCAAAGAAUGAGAGAUAAGCGGAGCGGCCGAGAAGUCGCAAUCAAGUUUCUUGUUGGGGGCACAAAGAUUGACGAACGAGUGGAACGAGAGAUACUGGUCCACCGGCGCCUUAGGCACCCGUGCAUUCCUCGGCUAUUGGAGGUGCGGCUGACUUUGUACCACCUCGCCAUUGUUAUGGAGUUUGUGGAGGGCACGACUCUGCUGCAGAAUCUGUCCGAGCGGCCACACCACCGCUUCGCAGAGCGGCAGGCUCGCUUCAUCUUCCAUCAACUAGUAGCAAUCGUGAACUAUCUUCACAGCCAGGGCAUUUGUCAUCGAGACCUGUCUGGCAACAACAUUCUGCUCAAGUGGGUGAAGGUCUCGGAGGCUUCCAAGCCUUACCCCGUCGUCUACGUCUGCGACUUUGGGAUGGCAAAGAUGGAGGGCGUGCAUUCCACCCCCAAUUCGUACAUCGGAACCGCGGAGUUUGUUGCGCCCGAGUUGCUGGACGUCACUGCAAUGACAGAGGGCAAGGAGUACGACGGCCAGAGGGCGGACGUGUGGUCCAUGGCGGUCAUCCUGCUGGUCAUGCUCACCGGCAUCUCGCCAUUCGCCGACCCGGAAGCGCCGCACGAUCAGAUUCGCCUCUUCAACAGGAUACGGCAAGGCGUUUACGUCACCCCCCAGGGCGUCUCCCCCGAGUGCCUCCACUUUCUCGCUUGCACGCUGAGGACGAAACCGUUGGAACGGCCCAGCAUAGAUCAGCUCCGGGAGCACCCGUGGCUGCAGAAGGACAAGGACGUGGCGGCUGCCGGAUACCACAUGGACGAUAACGACCGGUAUCCGAUCAUGGCGUUCCAGUCGGAGGAUGAGAUGCGGCGGAUUGUGCAUGCGGCUCGGGUCAUCAAUCUACCGGCCACAUCGGUCCGGUAAAAGCCGCUGGUUGCAAGGUGCUUGAGGCGGAAGUAGGCAUUAUAAGAUGUGCAGGCAAGAGCUUAUGUAGUAGCGUUUAAACAGUUGGAUACGCUUAGGACGAUGUAAAGGGUGACUCUUUAGUAGGAGCGUUGGAAGUGUUAGCUAGAAAUGUCGAGCUUAAACUGUGAUGUUGAAUAUCCUGUACGUAUAGCUCACCAAAUUCCCCUUCCCCCGCACGUGUCCAGCCUUGGGCCCGUCGCCCGCGAACUGAAAAAUGGGGGGCGCUGGCGUCUAAGCUGGCACUUGAUCAUGUAUGCG